CUCCUCCCCCCUCUGGGGCUGGCACGGGCGGGCUUCGACCGCGGCCGCGGCACGGGAAGCCUGCGCGGCUGCCGGCGGGGGGGAAGCACGUGGGCCUGUUCCUGCACUACCGCCCCAAGGAGACUGGAUGCGGCGCGGGUUCGUGGAGUUCCAGCAGAUGCGGUCCGGCAGCUCCGUGCGGCUGGUGGAGGACGGCCGCCCCAGGCACCCGAGGCAGGAGGGGUGGCCGGAGCAGUACCACAAGCUGCACAAUCCUUCGGACUACGUGGACAUGCAGGAGGGCUCUUACUUUUCGCUCGGCAACAAGUGUGCCGACCCCAGCGACGCGAGGGACGAUGCCGCGCUGAAGCUGAGUAAGGACGAGGUCGGCGGCACGGGCAGAUGGAGCGCCCGCCUUGACAAGGGCGCCGCCCUCCUCGACGCGGCCAAGAACGGCAGCCCCGACCUGACGCGCGAGGCCCUGGCUGCCGGGGCGGACGUCAACUUCGCGGACGAGAACGCGUGGACCGCCUUGCACGAGGCGGCGCGGGCGGGGUCGGCGGAGGUCGUGUCGCUGCUCCUGGAAGCGGGGGCGGACCCGGCGAGCAGGAGAACAGAGAGUCCCAGCGAGCCCUCGACCUGGCCCGGCAGCACCACGGUGCCCACGCGGCCGGCCCGCGCCUGCUGGAGCUCCUCGGGCGCGGCGAGCUCUGAGCAGCGGCCGGCCUCCGGGGCAACGUUAGGUCGAACGGGGCCAGGACGAGGAUGAUCGAAGAAGACAAAACACAUAGACUUAAACUUUUGCCCUCUGUCCCUCCUUCUCUGUCUUCCACUGAACAUAGCAGGGGUCGCUGCCGCGCCCGAUGGUGCAGCCGCUCCGGACGCGCGCGGCGGCGGCGGCCGCCGGCGAGAGACCAUCGGUUGACUGCGCGGCGCCGCCCCGCGCGCAGUGCGGAGG